AUGGCUGGCGAGGAAAAACCGCAGAUUUUGGAUCUUCGACGAUCAAAGAUGCUGGCCGCUAUGGGCAUACAGGUCUGGCAUCUGCGUCCAGCAGCGGGUGAGACCCCGGAGUCUGCUCCGGAACCGCCGUUGAAGCCCUCCCUGCCGGUGCCUGAUAGACCCGAUCCUGCGCCCGUGCCUGCGCCAGUCAAGACAACUGUGGAAACACCCACAACAUCGGCUACAGAGCCACCGCCGGUACCCCUGGAAUUUGUCUGGGUUAAAGGCACAGCAUCCAUGCUUGUUUUCAGUAGCGCUGCCAGUGCGGCAAUCAUUGCGCAUGCCAAGGAUGUGCUCCGUUAUGCAGAUUGGCGGACACAACACAGUGCGCCAAGCUCACUUAAGACCGGCGAGUUUAAGUGGCCGCAGCUGUUGGAUACAACAACCGGGACACCUGGGCGGGCAUUGGGUGUGUUUAUUGAAAAGCACUUUCCUGAUGAAUGCCCCUGGUUUCUGGUGGCGGAUGAUCUGGCGGACGAUCUGCUGCCCUGGUUGCGUCAAUGUUUGCCAGGCGAGGCGGAGAAAAAAGCACUUGUCCUGCCAGGUUGGAAUGAAAGUGUUGCCGAUGUGGGUCUGCGCAAAGAUUAUUAUCAGUCAGAAGAUGGGCGGGAAGAUGCGCUGGUGAUGGUUAUUCAUCCUGUGCAGAACGCCAUAGAAAAUCGGCGCACGUUCGCCAUCAUCUCGCACCCGGAUGCGGGUAAAACAACCAUGACCGAAAAACUGCUGUUAUUCGGCAAUGCCAUCAAGCUUGCUGGUGCAGUUAAAUCCCGUAAAACGGACCGCCAUGCGAUGUCUGACUGGAUGACGAUGGAGCAGGAGCGGGGUAUUUCCGUGACCACCUCAGUGAUGCAGUUUCCGUAUCGGGGCCGCACAGUCAAUCUGCUUGAUACACCGGGGCACGAAGAUUUUUCUGAAGACACGUAUCGAACGCUGACGGCAGUGGAUUCCGCGCUCAUGGUUAUUGAUGGUGCCAAAGGUGUGGAACCAAGAACCAUCAAAUUGAUGGAAGUCUGUCGUCUUCGUGACACCCCAAUCAUUACGUUUAUCAAUAAGUUAGACCGUGAAGUUCGCGACCCAAUAGAAGUCAUGGACGAGAUCGAAGACAUUCUGCAGAUUGAAUGUGCACCGAUGAACUGGCCCAUUGGUAUGGGGCGUGGUCUGAAAGGCAUAUACGAUCUGGUCAAUGAUCGAAUUAUCGAAUACCGACAGGGACAGGGGCAUCAUGUUUAUGAAUUCAACGUGAUCAAAGGACUGGCCAGCGAUGCAGCCAAAACAUUGCUGGGACAUGAUUACGCUGACGUAUGUGAUGAAAUUGAACUGGUACGAGGUGCAAGCCACACGUUUAAUCACGAAGAUUUUUUAAAAGCAGGGCUGACGCCGGUUUAUUUUGGCACUGCAUUGGGAAAUUUUGGCGUCCAGCAGAUGCUUGACGGCUUUGCGACUUAUGCACCACCGCCCCAACCUCGUGAGAGCAUGGAACGUCUGGUUGAUCCUGGUGAAGACAAGUUUUCAGGUUUUGUUUUCAAAAUACAGGCGAAUAUGGAUCCCAAACACCGGGACCGCAUUGCUUUUUUGCGGGUCUGCUCGGGUCGCUAUGAACAGGGCAUGAAAAUGCAGCAUCUGCGUUUGGGUAAGUCCAUCAGAAUAACCGAUGCAGUCACGUUUAUGGCGGGUGAUCGUACCCACGCUGAAGAAGCAUUUGCAGGUGACAUCAUUGGCUUGCACAAUCAUGGCACGAUCCAGAUCGGUGAUACGUUCACUGAAGGCGAGGCGCUGAAAUUCAAAGGCGUACCAAAUUUUGCCCCUGAACUGUUCCGUCGAGUGCGGGUGAAAGAUCCUUUGCGCUCCAAGCAACUUGAAAAGGGUAUUACUCAGCUUGCUGAAGAAGGUGCUUCCCAGGUUUUCUUUCCGCUCAACAAAAAUCAGAUUGUUGUAGGCGCAGUUGGCGUCCUCCAGUUUGACCUGGUGGCCUAUCGGUUGCAGGACGAAUAUCGCGCGGAAUGUAUCUGGGAAGACGCCAGCAUCGCCGCUGCCCGCUGGGUACAGUGUGAAGAUGAAAAAAUGCUUACGGAUUUUAAGAAUAAGAACCAGGAAAACCUCGCCAUAGACGGUGGUGGUUACCUGACUUAUCUGGCAACCAGCCGGGUCAACCUGCAGGUGGUGACAGAGCGCUGGCCGGAUGUGAAGUUUACCAAAACCCGUGAGCAUUAA